UUCGUCUGCUCGUUCGUCGAACUUGUGCCGUUUGCCGUUUUCGUUUUUUGCUUUCGCAGUCGUCGUCAUUAUUAGUUCUAAAACUGUGAAAAAUUCCAAGUGACUGAUGUAAAAGUGAAAAAAUAUGGCGAGUAUUGUGGGCGAACAGCAAAUUUCAUCAAAUAAUCAAGAAGCUGAACCGGUUCAGAAAAUCGAGAGUCGCGAAGGCAGUGUCGAACGGAAAGUGUGUAAAGACCGUGACGAGAAGCUAAAGCUGGCACGGGAGCGUCAAAAUGAGGAAAGACAAAGGAAAAUCGAAGAGCUAAAAGCGCAAGCGGAAGCCGCGCAACGAUAUCGCGAACAAAAGGAAGAGGAACGUCGCCGCCGCAUAGAGGAGAUAAGACAACGCGACACGGAGAAGAGACAUCAAGUUGAGGAACGUAAACGCGCUAUAACUGAGGCGGAAAAGGAGCGCCGCGAAUAUAUAUUGCGGAAGAAUCAGGAACGCGAAUCCCGCUUGGAAACAAAGAAAGGACCCCGCAGUACAGUGGCCUUUGCCUUUGGCUCAUCUACACCACGCCUACUAGAGCCCGAUUUUGGACUGGUAUCGCCAAGCACUUAUUUGGGCCACCGGCGAUCGACGUCGAUCACUAAUGUUACUGGUGCUUCAUUAUCACGUCGUAGUUCCGAACGUGAACUGACCGACAGUGGUGCCAAGAAGCGUGCAACAUCGGCCGGUGGCACAGAUCGACAUGAAGAUCAUCGCCGUAAGUCAUCAUCAAUGUAUGAAGUUUUCAAUUGGGGAUAUUCGAACGAUGAACCACCCAAGCGUUUUUCGCUAUCCAUUGUUGGCAGUGAAAUCAAUAUUGAUGAUCCCCCAACAGCAGCAACUGCAGGCAAUUCGCGCACUUCUGCCCAUCAUCACCCACAGCAUCAGCAUCAGUAUAGCAAUAAUGCAAACGUGCACAGACAAAAUGUUGCAAUAGAGACCGCAAAAACAGCCACAGCAGCAGCAACGACUACAGCAGCUGGCAAUACCAGUCAAGCAGCAGCAGCAGCAUCGACAUUUAAUUAUUCUAGUAAGACGGACGAUAGUGUCGAUAGUCAUGCAACACAAAUCGUGUUUCGAAGUGUAGCCCGCAGAAAAACCGAUUUAAUGCCGACAAUACCCAGCCCCAGGGACGGGCAUUACGGUUCCAGAUCGUCACUGAGCCACACGCCACGCACCCCAGGACGUGCCUUCUCCAUGAGUCGCCUAGAUCAAUUGGCUCAACCAAUUCGUCGCAAUGGUGAACACAUACGCGCAAUACUCGAACGAGAACGUCGCGAACAGAUGGAACUCUUGGACGAAACAGAAUCGUUGGGUGGCGGACGGCGUCGCGGCAGUAAACCACGACAUGGCAGCGGCAGCAGCAGUGCCGGCGCUGGCGGCGGUAGUAGCGCCAUGUCUCGCAGCAUGACACAUCUCGCCGGUGGGCGCACCAAAUACUCACUCAGCAGUGCAGGUGGCAGCGUCGGUGGCGGUGGAAUGUCCAGCAGCUUUCGCCCGUUGAACGGUGGACAACGCGACACGACCUGUAAGAGUUUGACACAGUUAAACAAUUCGUGGUCGAGCACUACACCGCGCUCGAAUUUGGGCUUACAAACGGCUGCUACUAGAAAGUAUCUGCAAUCAUCAUUAGCUUCAUCACCAUCAGCGAUUGGGACUAAACGCAGCCAGCAGCUACUAAAUCAUCUUACUAACCCCUACCGUUUCGAUCCAAACUCAUUAUUGAUCAUGAAUUCUAGUUUCUCAAUAACAACAGGUUCACGUUCUGGAAAUGUCACCCCAGGCGGCAACAUCAGCACUUCAAGGCCGGGUAGUGCAAUGUCCACAUCCACAAAUAUGUCCACAUCUGGUUACGUGGCUAGAAGAUCGGUACCGGCCACACGUAAGCAACGGCCAGCUAGCAUUGCCGGUACUGGCAUGUCGCUGGAGGACCUUAAUAAACACAAAAAAGAUAAUAGGCCGCCAGUGAAGGCUUCAACACCUUCAUCUACGACAACAUCAGCACAAAAUACCCCCAAACGAACAUCAAAUAUGAUGUCGACCUCAAUGAUUGUGUCAUCUUCUUCCCGUUUGUCCAGUGCAGAGAAGAAACAGCCCUCAGCUAAGCGGGAACCAGUAACACCCAAAAACACCACACCCAAAUCGCUUUCAAAAACUUCUAGCUCGGAUCGCUUGAAUAGAGCCAGUAAGGACGGAAUGAGUAAAUCAUUAAUCUCACCUUCUCCAAGCCAGACAAUUACAAAGAGUGAAAAAGACAAAGUGACAGCAACUGUACAAAAGAAAGAGGAAACCAUUGUUGUUCCAGUUCAGAGCAAAGAAGAAAAGAAUUCUUUAAACAUCGCGAAAUCCGAAGCCGAGUUUACAGCUGAUUCCCUUGUUGAAUCAAAUGAGCCGCCAGUAGUAGCAGCACCAGCUGUAGCUGACAGUGAAGGCUCAGUAACACCACCGCCUACAGUUGAAAAUGUCGGUGCAAUAACCGAAACGGUUUUGCCUGUGGUGGUCGUAAAUGAAUCAAAUAUACAGUCACCACCCGAAGCUCCAGAACCAAUCGAACCCAGGCAAACAGAGAAGCAACCGGCACCAGCACCGCCACAGCCUCAGCCACAUCCACGUUCACAAAAUGGCAGCAAAGAAAAUUCAGAAGUCCGUGAACUUACUCCUCCAUCUCAGAAUGGCGAUAGUAAUGAUUUAAUGACUGCUUCGAUGAUUGCUAGAAGUAAGAUCACAACUGAAGAAGAGGCAAAAGCAGCUCUGGCUGAAAGACGUCGUCUUGCGCGCGAGGAGGCUGAGCGACAAGCCGAGUUGGAGCGUCAACGCUUGGAGGCCGAACGACUUGCCGAACUAAAACGUCAAGAGGAGGAAGCUGAACGUCAACGCGCAUUCGAAGAGGAAGCGAAUCGCUUAGCCAUGGAACAACGUCGAGCAGAGGAAGAGCGGUUGCGCCAAGCUAUUGAAGAGGCAAAGCAAAAAGAAGAAGAAGAUCGCCGCAAGCGGGAAGAGGAAGAGAAACAGCGCGUGCAACGAGAAGAGGCCGAAAGAAAGGCCAAGGAAGAAGCAGAAAAACAACGAUUUGAGGUUGCCGAACGUCUUAAACGAGAGGAAAAGGAGCGCGAAGAACGACGCAAACGCGUUGAAGCGAUCAUGUCGCGUACACGUAAAGGGACCAGCGGUGGUGGUGGCAGCGCGACAACACCCAAUUCCACACCAGUAAAGGAAAACAACACGCCCAAAUCGACAGCUGACAACUUGCAACCGCAGCAACUAGAUCAAUCCUUUACAACAACUACUGUUACCAAUGCUGUUAGCAGCACUGAUAGUAGCUCAACGUCGGGUUCCACUACGACUGCGACCACUCCGAAUCCGCCACCACAAAGCAUUACUGCACCAGUAACUGCAGUGCCCACAAACGCACCAAGAGCAGAAAAACUGGAGCCACAAAAUACGCAGGCCAUGUACGAGCAAGCUGUUAUUGAUAAGGAAACUGAGCUGAUAAACAGUUUCUCCAAUAUGAUAAUCGAUGAGAAUGUAAAAAAUCUUCAACAACAACAUUUAAAACAACCGACACAAAUUAUCGAGGUGAGCAACGGAAAAUUGCCGAUUAACAGUGAUGCGCUUUUACAGAAUACCACAAUAACAACUACUACAAUUAAUGUAAAUGCCGUCGCAAACGGCAACGGCCAUCACAUCGAAAAUUUGAACAAUGAAAAUGAUAUCAAUAACCUGCAGGAUGCCGUAACACCAGCAACAAAUCAGUUAAUUGAUUUGAGCAUUGAGUCACAAGACAUUAACAAUGCAAUAAACUUCAACAACAACAACAGCUUGUUAAACACAACAACAACAGCAACACUAGUCACUGCAGAUAGUCACGAAAAUAAAGAUAUUUCCCUACUGUGAGUCUGAGCGUGCUAGCAGCCUGCAAAUAUACGGACGCGCAAACUAACUAACUGCAACAAAGAAAAAUGCAGCAGAAUUAUGACAAUUUGAAAAAAAAUGUAUUGAUUGUAGCGCGUUGGCGUUUUGAAGAUGUUUUGUGUGUAUGCGACAUUUUAUGGUUACUUGACAUUUAAGGCGUAAUUAAUACGAGUUUAACUAAUUUAAAAUAAUAUACUUAGAAGCAAAGGAAAAGCUAAAGCAAAGUGCAUAUUAAGUAAAAUAUUAGCUAAACACUGCUUAGCUCAUUUGAAACAUUAAAAAAUUAAGCAAAGUAUAUAAAACCUUUGAAUUAGGAUCUAAUGAACAAAUGAGGAAAGGGAAAAAGCAUAAAACUACGGCAAAUGUUCCUCCCGAAUCGAAAAAAAUUAAAAAUUAGUUAGACAGUGAAAAAAAAGAGAAAGGUACAUAAAAUUGCUUGGAGUUCACAUUGCGUAUGCAAAUCUUUAAUGUAUGUAUGUGCGAUAUACUAAAUUGUAAAGCGUAACGAAACAAAGACGUGAAGAAAAUCGACUAUAUAGACCUGGAAAGAGAAAUAUUUGUCAACAUUUUUUUAAAGCUUCAAUGAAAAAAAGGAAUUUGAAUUUAUUUAUGAAAUGCAAGAAUAUUACGAAUAUUUAAUCAAAAAGCUUAAAAUGGCUAAAUGAAAAAACUCAUAUAGAACAUAAAAUGUUUCAAGAAAAGCAAAAUUCCAUGUGGCGCUAAGUUUUGUGCUGUGAGCUAAUAACUUUCUCUAUGCAGUCCAUAUUAGCAACAUGCACACAUACAUGCAAUGCAGUGGAAUAUAUUAAGCAAGUGCAGCUACAUUUGCGGUUAAUUAAAAUGAACUAAGAGAGACAGAUGUACAUAUGUAUUUGUUAGAGCGAACAAAAAAAAUUUAAGACGCAUAUAAUUAGGGACACCUAAUAUAUUUUUCAAAUAUAUUACCAAAUGAGUUCAUGCCAAUCAUGUGUGUGCACCUGCCGUUACAUAUAAAUUUAUCACUGUGUAUAGCACAAAGAUCGUACGAACGUAAAUAGUGUAUGGGAUUCUGUAUUUUGCUUUUAGUAUGAAAGGUGGAUUAUGUGCGAAGCACAAAGUUUAUGCAAGUACUGCUCGCAUAUAAUACGAUUCCUCUGAUAUUUUUCUUCUCAUUACUUGCUUAAUGCAAACACACAUUUAUACUUAGACGCUUUAAGCAGAUUAUGGAUUCGCCUUUUCCGUCUUACAUAGUACUUUAUAUACAUAGAUAGAUAGAUAUGUUUCAAAUGUACUGAUAUGUUGCAAGGAUAUGCGUAUACCGCAAACUAAUUUGUGCUAUCCAUUGAAAAAUACAAUAAUUUGCAUAUUUUUAAUGAAAUUUGUUUUUUUUAGGACAUAAUGACUAUUGAAGGUACUAAGUCUCUCAACUUAUAUUAUCUUAAAACACUUGAAGGGAGUAGAAAGCCAUCACUAAGCCGUCUAAUACUUUUGAAGCUUACUUUUAAGCUAUCUACUGUUUGUAAAACUUUUAUAAAUUAAACGUUCUUAUCUUUCCACUAAGUUUUGGACUUCAGCUUUUUUUAUUGCUACUUCCCUCUUUUUCAUCAUUAUAUUAACGGUAAUUCAAAAGCUUCAUUUUCAAAAAGGCUAAGCGCAUUCAACGCGCGUAUCAAAGAAUGGUAUUAAAUUUUAAUUGAAAUUAGCAAUCGGGUGAACCCUAUUAUACGAUCAUAUCUAUUAUGUAUGGUAAAAAGUAGUAGUUUUAUUAAUGUUAGAGUGGGACUGCUGAUUUUUUUUACCGGAGGCAGCAUAGACGCACGUGGGCAAUAUAUGGUAGUUAAAUUAAAAGUCGGUUCGGGCAGCCAUUUGAUCAUGCAAAAGAUGGUUUGUUGCUAUUGAAAGCAAAAGAUAAAGUGGUGGCCGCGCUUUGAAACGUUUAAAUUAAAUAAAAGCAAAUCAUAAUAGUGUAGUAUGUCAGCAAUUUUGUGUGCGAGUUUAUAGGUUACUUAUAUAUAUUUAUGUGUAGUUAAUGUAUUUUCCGUUUUUUGAUGCAUAUUUCUUUUUUAACUUUUAUGUUAUCUAAAUUUACAUUUAUAUAUAUUUGCAAAGCUUAUUCUUAAAAAAUUAGAUGAAAAAAUCCAAACAUAAUGUUUUAAUUUGUUAAUAUAACUUAUUUAUAUACACAUUGUAAUAGCUGAUACAUAAUUAAAAUAUAAUUUUUUUCUAUAAUACGUACGAGCAUAUCAAGCUUAUUGGAAAACCACGCCACAAAAUUGUGGCCGAAAUAAGGCUAAGGUCUUCACGACUGAAGAAAUAUAACAAAAGUAACCGUUGUGAUCGUUUAACAAUUUCAAACUUAAAGUCGUCCACGCAUUCUGCGUAUUCAAUCAAGGGGAAAAUAUUUAUUUUUAUUAGUGUGGAAUUUCCAGAGUUCUCAAAAUCGUAUUAAUCGUAUUUAUUACCAAAUUGAUCAAGGUAGUCGGCGUUUUUAAAAAUCAAAUCGUCUGUGCAUCGCUGAGCGUUUGCACUUUUACGUUUGACAAAUAAGUAGACUUGGCUCUAGUGGCAUAGUGAGGUGGUUAGUCGAAUGCCAGGUAUGUGCUGCAUGAUAAAAGAAAUUGUAAUGAAAUGGAUAUGAAUCACUGCAAUAUAAUGGCUCAUUAAGUCGAAAAAACGUAUCUCUUUUGCAAACGAAAAAUCGUGGCAAUACACGUACAGUGCCAGUUUUAAAGAUACUUUGAAACAUUUCAAAAAUUUGGUAAGAGAGUCGUAGCCGAGCGUAUUUAUGCGUGGAAUAUUGAACGUUAGUUGGAAGGACAUUGUUUUCAGCUAAUAAUACAUAGCCAGUCACAGAUCGGAAAGCAGUGGCAAACUUUUGAGUGUAGUUUUGCCAUGAGAAUGCUUCUUAGAAAGCAAAACAAAUGUCAUUCCGAGCACUGUUCUACUUCAUUUGCAUAAAAAAAAAAUCAAAUUCAUGCCUCAAAAAGCAGGAGCAGCUCGGCUUAAAGCUGACAAGGUUAUGAGUGCCGCACUUUUAUUACACUUUAAUAAUUUGGCAGUACUUCGAAAGCUUUAAAAAUUAACUUAAAUUCUAGCUAUUUAAACGUAUUGUUAUAUUUAUUACUCUAAGCUAAUCAAAAUUAAUUGUUAAGAAAUACCUACACGUAGUUCCGUUAAUAGACUGCUCAAGUAUUGCCUUUUAACGGCUCCAGUGCCCUCUAACUGUGGCAGCUGAUAUCUUUGCUGGCGCUGUGCAUGCUAUGAAAAUUCUAUUAUUAAUGAAUAUGAAUAACAUUCAUACUUUCGCAUGAUUUAAUAAAACCAAAAAAGUGCACGGAAAUUCACUAAUUUAACUACUAAAUAAAAGCUUAUUUAUGCAAAAUUGUAACACUCUUGUGCAAAAGUACGUGCGGGUAUAAACAUUUUACAAUCUUAUCGUCACUUAGACUUGCCCAAUGUGUCCAAAAGUGAGUGCUCUUAGUUUUUUUGUCAUUUGGCACACUUAACAAACCUUCACCUUAUACGUGUUUGCAAUUUGUCUAGUUUAAGCCCACUUGUGUAAUAUAAGCGAUUAAUUAAUAUAUAUAAUUUUUUUUUAAACACGUGAACCAUAAUUGCCUAAGUUUCUGCGUCAUAACUAAUUCAUCAAUAACCAAUGAGCUAAUCAAUAUAUAACUAAAAUAAUAGAACAACCAUUACAUACAUACUUAUGUAUCUAAUCUUAUUUCAACUGUAACUCCCAAUAUAAAGUCUAUCUAUCGUUAUCGUUACAUUUAAAAUAAUUAUUAAUAUUUAAAUUUAUUAACUUAAAAAGUAAAUCGAUGUAAGUAACGUCUGAAAACAAAUAAACACGCAGGCAAUUCCAAACAGAUAAAGCGAGGCCCAAAAAUUAUAAUAUGAAAUUCAUUUCAAGAAAAUUCAAAAGAAUAAAUAAAUUCAAGACUAAGAGAAGAAAAUAAA